GCGCGGCGCCCGGCAGCCAGCUCUGCAAUGGGAGCCGCCCCGGUGGCAGUGCACGGUCCCGCGCUCCUCCCUCGCUUCCUCCUCUUUCUCCUCCUCCUCAGGGCUCCAGUCAGGCCGAGCCGCUCCGCUCACGAAAGGCAAGCUGAGAUAUAACUUGCUGUUUUUUGUGGUCACAUGGUGACAACUUAUAGAAAGUCAGAUCUGCAACUUGAUGGGUGACAGUUCCUUUCAACCAAAAGAUAAUUUAAAAAUGGCAGAACUCUUCAUGGAGUGUGAAGAAGAGGAGCUAGAACCAUGGCAGAAGAAAGUGAAAGAAGUUGAAGAGGAUGAUGAUGACGAGCCCAUCUUUGUUGCAGAGAUAGCAAGUUCAAAACCAGCAAUUUCAAAUAUUUUGAACAGAGUUAAUCCCAGCUCCCAUUCACGAGGACUAAAGAACGGUGCACUUAAUCGAGGUUUUACUACUUCAUUCAAGCCUACAAAUCAACGCUUCCCUAAUCCAGCAUCAAAUCCUGUGGCUGCCUUGCCAGUCAAUUUUCAUCCUGAACCUAGAUCUUCUGAUAGCUCUGUUAUUGUUCAACCAUUUUCUAAACCUGGUUAUUUAACAAACUCUCCAAGAGUUCUGUCUAAUAACUCUUCAGAGUUACUGUUUGACCUGACCCAGGAUACAGGAUUAUCACAUUACCAAGGGGGACCAGCACUUUCUAUUGCAGGUUUGAAUGAAAGUUCAUUUUCGUCAAAACGUCUUUCUGGUUCUGACAUAAGCAGUGUUAACCCAAAAAAGCCUAAAGCCAGUGACAGUAUUCCUGGAGCAGAUGCCUCUUCUGUAGUCCCAGAAAAGCCCCCAUCAGUGUCGUCUCUGCAGGUGGUGACAUCGCAAGGUGUAAAUUGCUCAUCAAAUCAAUCUAAAAAUGGAACAACUUUUCCAAGAGCAUGUCCUAAAUGCAAUAUUCACUUCAAUCUUUUGGAUCCUCUGAAAAAUCACAUGACGUAUUGUUGUCCAGACAUGAUAAAUAACUUUUGGGGAUUGUCUAAAAUAGAAAUUUCAAAUACAGCAAAUGAAGCCAAGACUAUUGAUUCAGAGAAAGGAAAAUUGAUUAUGUCAGUUAAUGACUUUUACUAUGGAAAACAUGAAGGAGAUGUUCAGGAAGAACAGAAGACUCACACAACUUUUAAGUGCUUCAGUUGUUUGAAAGUUCUCAAAAAUAACAUUAGGUUUAUGAACCACAUGAAACACCAUUUAGAACUUGAGAAGCAGAGCAGUGAGAGCUGGGAGAAGCACACCACUUGCCAGCACUGCUACCGCCAGUUCCCCACUCCCUUUCAGCUACAGUGCCACAUCGAGAGCACGCACACGCUCCUUGACUUUUCUACCAUUUGUAAAAUCUGUGAGCUGUCAUUUGAAACUGAACAGAUUCUUUUACAACAUAUUAAGGAUAAUCAUAAACCUGGUGAAAUGCCAUACAUCUGCCAGGUUUGCAAUUACAGAUCAUCAUUAUUUUCUGAUGUAGAAUCUCAUUUUAGAACAUCGCAUGAAAACACUAAGAAUUUGCUAUGUCCAUUCUGCCUCAAAGUUAUUAAAAUUGCCACACCCUAUAUGCAUCAUUACAUGAAGCAUCAGAAAAAGGGAAUACAUCGUUGUACCAAAUGCAGAUUACAGUUUUUGACGUGCAAGGAGAAAAUGGAUCACAAGACGCAACAUCACCGAACAUUUGUAAAACCCAAGCAGCUAGAAGGACUGCCCCCUGGAACAAAAGUUACUAUUCGAGCUUCAGUUGGACCUUUAACUUCAGGAUCUUCCACUACGCCUUUCAUCAGUGCAAGCACUUCCACCCUCCAGCUCUCACCUCCAAGGACUGAAAAUGUCACUUCCAAAAAUCCCACUAAAUUGAAUACAAGUACACCGAAUACAGCUGUAUCUGACUCCAGUAAACCUAACGAAAGCAAGCCUAAUGGAAGUAAAUCUAAGAACAAGUCCAAAGUCUGUACCACGCAGAAGAGACAGAGCACAGUGGCUAAUAGUAAUAGAAAAAGCCAAGUGAAUACAGCACUGAGGAACUUAAGCUUUCAUAGUAACCGUCCAAGUAAAAGGUUUUGUAUAUUUAAGAAACAUUCAGAAAAUCUCAGGGGCAUUUCUCUAGUGUGCCUUAAUUGUGAUUUCCUAACUGAUGUUUCUGGCUUAGAUAAUAUGGCUACACACUUAAGUCAACAUGAAACUCAUACUUGCCAAGUUCUAAUAGAGAAAGUUUCUGUUUGUAUCCCAGCUUCUGAACAUCUUUCUGAAUUAAAAACUGAAGCUCCCACUAAGGGACAAGAAUCUGUGUCUAAGGAAACAAGACAUAAUACAGCUGAAGGAGAAACAGGAGCAUCACAUUCUGAAGGUAAGCAAGAUAAAGCUCCUUCAUCAGAAGAAGACGUUGGGUGUGAUGCAAGUGUAUGUGAAACUCCAGCAGCAGCAAACUGUGAAGGAAACGUAACCGUUUCAGAUACAGAAAAUGAAAGCAGGUCAAAGAACAUCUUCAGUCAUGAUUCAGAUGUUGGAGCAGAUAAUAUGGGAAAGGAAGAACAGACACAGCACACCUGUCAGGAACUGGAGCUGAAGGUGCAUCAACAUUCAGAAAGUACAGACUCAUGUGAUCAGAGUAAAGAGCAUGACUCCCCUGCUGAUGAGCUUUCUUCAGAGACUGGUCAGGAUUUGCAGUUAACGUCAGGGGACAUCAGCAUUGACGAGUUUCUGAGGCAAAGAGACAAACCUGAACCUGUGAGUUCUGAUGUUCGUGAGCAAGACAGUGUUCGCUUGGAACUCUUGACACCGUCAGAGCUACUUGAACAUGAGGCCACAGAGAUUCUUCACAAGGGUGAUGAUUCUUCAGCCAGUGCCAGUGACGCCGUGUCUGAUCUGACAGGUGGACUUAUGAGUCCUGGAGGACAUGGAGCAGAGACAGCAGUAGACCUGGAGACGGGGAAGAAAGAAUCUGAAGUGAUGUAGUCAUUCCAAGUUUAGUUCCCCACAGAGAGAGAGCACUUAGAGCAGUGCUGUCCGGUGAGCUCAGUAGUGCCGUGGUAGAGGUCAGCAGUGAGAGCUGAGGGAGGUCCUGCAUACACUUCACCUGUAUGUUCCAUCUUACUUAGUCAGUUUGCCACUAAUAGCAUGGUUAAUGUGAUUUCCAAGUUUUUACAAACCACAACGGAACUUUAGUGAAAACUGAGUUUCCAUCCAAAGGUCUCUUAGCACUUUUUGAAGGAAUCUUGUACACCAGUAUGAAAUUAUUAUAAGAAUAUUAGCUAUGUUAAUCAGACUUUCAUUAGUCCUGAAGUUAAAAUCCUUAUCACUUGUAUAUUCCCUUUAAUAAACUUAAAGGAAGAGAUUUGAAACCAUGCAUUUUUUUGAAAAUACCUUUAAACUGCCAAUUAAUUGUUACUGUUAAUGAAGGCUGUAUUUUUUAAUAUGAUCCUGGUAAUGAAGCAUGCCUAGAGUGCUAAAUUGACCUGUUGAGAAUUUGGAUGAAUAUAAACUUAACUUUGGAUUUACUAUAACAUUCCAGUCUGUCAGAAGCAUGCAAACAGAAUUUUAGAAUCUGUGCACCUCCAUACAAGUGUUAGCCGGUCAGGCUGUCAGCUCACCUAUCUAAAACUUUCAGUGAAAGUGAAAUGAUGAAAAUGUAAGUUUAUAUUUGUGCUUUUAGUCAGUGUAUAAGCUGUGCAGAAC